AUGCUUCCCAAGCACGUUCUCCUCGCCAUCCUUGGCGCCCUCUCGGUCUCUGAGGCCUCCGUCAUGCACUAUGACUCCCCUAUCGCCAACGCUCUUGCCCGUAGGCAGAACCGAUUCGCUUCCGCGGCCACUGGUCAAGGCGAUGUUGUGGAGGAUGGGCAGUCUCCUUCGGCUACCGAUGACAACAACUUCAUCAACUUCUGUUCUGGCCAGACCUUGACCAACGGUCUCCAGGUUCAGCAAGGUUCUUGCAACGGUAUCGUCAUGGGCAGGAUUCCUGGCGUUGACCGCAUGAUCACUUCGAUCAUCCAGAACCCCCAGCCCGGGCAGACGAUCCAGGAAAACGAGACGUUUGACAUUGUCGUCAACACGCAGAACCUGGCGGCCGGUUCGUUCACCAACCCUCAGGAGACGUACUACUCGGCUCCUCAGGAUCUGGAUGGCCAGGGCCGCAUCAUCGGUCAUACCCACGUCACCGUCCAGGACCUCGGAAACAACCUCACUCCCCAGAACCCUCCCAGCGCCCAGCAGUUUGUCUUCUUCAAGGGUAUCAACGACCAGGGCAAUGGUCAAGGUAUCCUCUCCGCCACUGUCACGGGCGGUCUCCCGCUGGCAAUUACCGCGUUUGCACGAUGA